AUGUCCUCCCUACUCAAUUCUGAGGCAUUGCACGGCACACAGAUGAUGAGCUUGAACUUUGCGACUAGCCUCGUUGAAGACUUGGGCAGAUCCCUUGAUGAUGGUUUACAUCUGCCCACAGAUGAUGAGUCAUUAGUCGAUGAGGACGACGAGUCUGAGUCAACCCGCCGCGUUGCAAUGGCCAACGAGGACGUCGAGCUGGCAGAUCUUAGCGGGGGAAGACAGAUAGAUAGAAUGGCACUUACAUCGACGAUGCGUCAACGUCAACUUUUGAAACUGUUGAAUGCAGGCGGUCGGGGUGAGGGGCAGUACAUUGUCAAGCGCGCAGGACGGAGAUUGGGCCAAUCUGCGACGCUAUAUGCUGACGUCUAUUUAUGGGGACCCGCUCUGUCGAGACUAGAAGUGGUAGACGACAAGCAAUCGGACCGGUAA